GCCUCCGCGACGGAGGCGGCGACGCGUGCGGCAGGGCCCCGAAUAUUCAGCUUUCUUUGGAGAAAAACCACUGCAUCGGGGCGGCGCUGCGGGUGGCGUUCCCGUCGGUGACGGCGUGAUGCACGCUGGGAUUUGUAGUCUUCCAUGGCCUUGCGCAUCCUACCUGGAAUGUGGACCAGGGAUUAUUAAUACCGGUUCAGAUAAAGGCUACAGUUGCCGGCCCGGCUGACCAUGGCCCUUUCUGCGGAGACCGAGUCACACAUCUACCGAGUUCUGCGCACUGCCUCUGGGGCUGCCGCCCACUUUGUGGCCCUGGGCUUUACCAUCUUUGUGGCUGUGCUUGCCAGGCCUGGCUCCAGCCUGUUCUCCUGGCACCCCGUGCUUAUGUCUUUGGCUUUCUCCUUCCUGAUGACCGAGGCACUACUGGUGUUCUCUCCUGAGAGUUCACUGCUGCGCUCCCUCUCACGCAAGGGCCGAGCACGCUGCCACUGGGUACUGCAGCUCCUGGCCCUGCUAUGUGCUCUGCUGGGCUUCGGCCUUGUCAUCGUCCACAAAGAGCAACUUGGCAAAGCCCACCUGGCCACACGGCAUGGGCAGGCAGGGCUGCUAGCUGUGCUGUGGGCAGGGCUGCAGUGCUGUGGUGGGGUGGGGCUGCUCUACCCCAAACUGCUGCCCCGAUGGCCCUUGGCAAAGCUCAAGCUAUACCAUGCCACUUCUGGGCUGGUGGGCUACCUGCUGGGUAGUGCCAGCCUCUUGUUGGGCAUGUGCUCACUCUGGUUCACUGCCACUGUCACUGGUGGGGCCUGGUACCUGGCUGUGCUAUGCCCUGUCCUCACCAGCUUGGUCAUUAUGAACCAGGUGAGCAAUGCCUACCUAUACCGCAAAAGGAUCCAACCAUGAGCUCCCAGCAUAGGGGAGACCUGGAUUUGCCCUAUACUGUAGGAGCUGGGGUUGGGACACCCUGGACUCUUUCAGCUGACUUGGACACCGCAGGCACUGGCUUGGUCAAGGAUAGGCCUGUGUGUGACAUUUUUGCUUCUUAUGCUAGAGUGUCUCCCUUUUCCUUCUCUCCAUCAUCGCAGAGGAACAUACAGAUCAUGUACCUGGAUGAAGUUGGGGUUGCAAGACUGCCUCCCCAGCAAUGCAGCUCAUAUUUGUACUGGUAUAUCCAGAAAUUUCAGGAGAAAAAAUAAAAUAAAAU